UGGAUGGAUGGAUGGAUGGAUAAAUGGAUGACACACCGAUAUCUAUCAAUUGUACUGGUCAGUCGGCAAGGCAGCUCAUACCCAUAUGUGUGUCCCGAGACGUGCACACGCACUCAUGGACACACGCCCAGCACCCAUUGGGCGUAAUCCACCCAUACCUUUGAUCCACCCACCCAUCUACGCAUCGCGCCGCGCCACUCGGGCGCAAAAGGCAGGCAAAACUGGGCCAUGCUUGUACAAAAGAGCUACUGUGAGGUUCCUCAUUGCCGACUUCAGCUCUCCGUGGGUGAAGCCGCUGCUGGGACGGUCAGGCGAGUCCCAGCUUCAACAUCACCAACGAAGAGAUCAAGCUGGCAACAAAGCACUCGUACACAAGCAAUAUGCAGGCUCGCUGGGGACGGAAACACCGAAAAAGUGUCAGAACCUGGCACUGUGUGUGCUCCGCGGUGUGUCGAAGCCGGCCUCGACGCACUCUCGAUGCUUCUCGCAACAUGCAUCUUCAAAGCACGUCGACAUCAGCUACGCGACACACCGCAGAGGAAACACACUUCUGUCUGCACACACAUGGAAGCGCUCCCCUCUCUCUCCUCUCUGUCUCUCCCUGUCUCUCUCUCCUUGCCACUGAAUCCAUCCCUUCGGGAUAAUCACUCGCUCAAUUGUACAUACACACAAUAUACAAUCAAUAUACAUCAUACAUAUACAACAAAACUUCCCCAGCUGGCCGGCCACUCGUUCCAUCCGUCCACCGAUUCGCUCCACCCAUCGUAUCAGCCGCCCCUCACCAUCUUGUCCCCUUCCCUGCCCGACUUCCGCCUCACCAGCACGUGCCAGUGGUGGAUGGACUCGAUCGUCCGCAGGUUGGUGGGGUUGAUGAAGUACAGGUACUCGUGGGUGUCGGGAGGGUACGCCUUCUCCACUAUCUCCUCCACAUCGGCGGCUGACAGGUCUCUCAGGGCCCAGCAGACCAGGUGGCUGACGCCGUCCUCGAAGCUGUAUGGAUAAUCGUUGGGCACCAGCCAGUGGCGGUCAUGCAGCGACGCACGCGCAGCCUACAAGACAACACAGACAGAGCACACCCAUAGCCAAGCGGAUGAAGAGAAAUGGUCGCCGCGUGCUCACUUUGCUUACCUCAGUGAGUGGGACUGCCUGCAUCCGCCCCUGCUCAUCCCUGGUGUGUUGGAGGCCCAGCACAUUGAUCAGGAUGCUGUCGCCCAUCGACACAUACUCGUCUGUCACGCGGCCCCGCCACUGUCGGUACUUGUCUCCCACGUCUGCAUUCCGCGCAAACAAAUCGAGCCGGCCCGACUCAAUGUGCUGGCGGGCUUCUUCCCAAGUCGCCGGACGGUCCACCACACGCACGCCACCUAUCAUCCUGCAUCAAAGCACAGGCAAGUCGCUGGUGGUGAUGGCUAUGUGAUUAGUCACGUACCAGGUUGUGGCCGAUGUGAUCUGCUCUCUCUCCCUGGUUGUGCUGCUUCUCUGCAAGGCGCUCGUGCCGUCCCUGCUGUCCUUCUGCAGCACGGCCGAGAGCUGAUGUGGUCCGGUGCGGCGCGCCUCAGAUACAGCGAAGAACAGGUACGCGGUGAGGGAGAACACCACGGCAGGACGCUGCAUCUGCCUCUCCGCUGUACUUCUGCAAGCUGAGCUCGCAACG